AUGCAAUUGAUUUUCCCGAUUUGGCUUGUUUCGUUCUCCGCUUUUCUCGUUUUUUGUGUCUCGAAGAAAUCACAAAAAAGCAGCAAUUCCAGCACUCGAGAAGUUUCUGAGCGACGCGUCAAAGGAGCGACAGCCACCUCUCAAGCGUCUGAAAAAUCGGAGAAAGGGCUUUCCAGUGAGAAAAGUGUGAAAAGUACGAAAAGUACAAAGAAGGAGAAGAAUAUGACAAUCGAUUCUCUGAAAGUGCCUCGGCCGUCACGACAAUCUACCAAUUCGAAUUCUCAAAAAGAUUCGAAAUCUCAAAAAUCGUCAAAAGAGAAAUCAACGCAAGCUGGCAGUUCGAAGGGGACAAUUCCACCGGAAACCGAUUCGGCAAAAACUGAACUCAUCGAAGUACCACUGGGAAAAGCCGCGAGAGAAGACGCCUCGAACAACAUUCUGACACCUCUACACGAACAAAAAGCGUCGAGUUUUACGUAUCAAUCGCAAAAAGUCUCGUUCGCUAACUCGUUGAAACGAGUGAGGCGGCGUGGAACACGAACCGCCGACGAUCCGGAAGAGAAGACUGCAUACAUUCCGUAUUGA